ACAAAUAAUUCUAUUUAACAAUGCCUCCUACUGCUCAAUUACAAAACUCAACUCAACCUGAUAUCUCUUAUUUGCCUAAUCGUAAGAAUUAUGAAGACCGGGUUGCCUGUCGUUUAGCUCAAGAAGACCUCAAAAAGGACCUCCCUGCAUUCCCUGCCCAAUUGUUCGGACCCAAAGUCUGGAAAGGGUCUGACUACGAAGGAAAGGAAACAGAAUGGAUUUACCAGCUCACUGAAAAAGAACUUUUAGAGAUUGAUGAAGCCACCGAAUGCUUUGACGCUACGGGAAAACCCUUGGGCGAAAUCUCCAAGGAGACCUUUCCUUUGCCCACUUUUGGCGCAAAGAUCAAGAAACUGAUUGAAGACGAUGUACUCGAUGGUCGCGGAUUUAUCGUAGUUCGUGGUAUCAACCCUGAUAAGUAUACCGUUCAUCAAAACAUGAUUGCCUAUACUGGAAUUUGUGCUCACGUCGGUAAGCGUGGUAAACAAGGUCAGCAUGUCAUUAGUCAUAUCCGAGAUAUUUUAACAAAUAAUAAGAACCCUGUUGAUUUCCCUAUCCAAAACGCUUCAUACACGAAUGAUAUUCAAGUUUACCAUACGGAUGCUGGUGAUAUCGUUUCUCUUUAUGCUAUCAAUGCUGGUGAGACUGGCGGAAAGUCCCGUAUUGCUUCUAACUGGACCGUCUACAACGAGCUUGCCAAAACUAGACCUGAUUUAAUUCAUGUCUUGUCCAAGGACUGGCCUCACCAAAUUAAUGAUAGUAAAGACUGUCAUGUCUUGCAUCGUCCUCUUCUUUACUACCUCGAUGAAAAGAUUAUUUUCCAAUACGCUCGUUUCUUCUUCACCGGUUUUGGAGACCACCCCAGACGUGAAGAUAUCCCUCCCAUUAGUGAAGCUCAAGCUGAAGCAUUGGAUGCUCUUCAUUUCACUGCUGAAAAAUUCAAUCUUGGGUUACAGUUCCAGAAAGGCGAUAUGCAAUUCAUCAACAACUUAUCCAUCUUUCAUGCUCGUGAUAGUUACACCGACAGCGAAAAAAACGUACGCCAUCUUCUACGUCAUUGGAUUCAUCCUGAAAACGCUUGGGAACUUCCUUGUCAACUGCAACCUACUUGGGAUAAUCUUUUCUUUAACGAGCGAGAAGAGGUUUUUCCUGAAGGUCCUGCAUUUCGACUCUUUUAAAAAAAGUUUUUUUUUGUCCGGUAGGUUUAUACACAUGCUCUCUUUAUUUUUUUUUCAUUUAAUUCUCAUUGUUUAAAUCAAUCAAUUAAAUUUUUGUUUUUGGGAGCAUGUUCAAUAAAAAUACGGCCUUAUCUGUAAGGAACUAUAUAACCU